AUGAAAUCUACAUCAAAGAUCGUCUAUGCUUACAAGGGCAGCCACUGUGACGAGUGGAGCUCCCAAAGGUCUGCGUUAAAGUGUAAUUGUUCACUACAAUUGACAUUCUUAACGCAAAUAACUUUACUUAUCCAGCUGUCUUGUCUGUCGAGUUAUUCAAAAGUGGAAUAUCGACUGAGUUCCAGUCUCAAAUAUAAUAGGUUUGUAAGGAGUUUGUAUUGCUAAAUAAAAUGACGAAGUGGGGAAUUCAAAGCACGCUUUCAGUAGACAAAAAUGAUUGGGUUUGAAAAAUUGCGUAAACAAUCUUGUCUUGUUGUUGCAAUUUGGUUUACACUGAGGGAUGACAUUAUUUGAACAGCCCGAUGUAGCAGUGCAGACGGAAGAUGUCACUCGUCACUUAACUUAUAUAGCCCAAUUAAAGGCAGUGUCACAUGUUAAACUAACAUAUAAAAAGAGAAAUAAAACAAAUAUAAAACACAAAAUAAUGGAUGCGUUCAUGUUUAUAUAUUCCACUCGAUUUACAUCAUCUCGGGAUAACAAGGCAGGUGCGUUAGGAUGUGCGAAGGCUUUUUAAAAACUUUCUUCUUCCUCUUAUUAUUAUUAUUAUUAUUAUUAUUAUUAUUAUUAUUAUUAUUAUUAUUAUUAUUAUUAUUAUCGUUUGUUGUAGUCAAUGUGUUUUGGCACCAUGAAAAUAAAAACAGGAGUGAGUCCUCUUCGUGGUGUUUUAUUUAGGGAGCGCGCACGCGGCCGACAAACUUCCGCGACGCCGCUCGGGAUCGACCAAAAGCGAGAGCACGAGAGCAGGGGGAUUUCCAGCUCGAGCCCCCACUUCCCGAGUCAGCCCUUGUUUUGCUUUCGGUCUGGACUUGGAAACAGAAAAAGGACGGCCUCACUUUCCUUUUUCAACUUCAAACUACAGAUACUUGAAGUUGUCCAACUUGUGCUGCCCGUGUUUGUUGUGACAGCAGGACUGUGAAGCUCCAGGCCGUCCAAACUGAACAGGUAACGUCUUAUUUCCGCAUUUAACGCUGUUCCUUAGACUCUGACUCCCCACAGGACGACAUGACGGAUCCCGAGCUCGCUGUGUAAGUGAAAGUACUUUUGUAGUUUUUCUCCGUGUUUGUGGACAAGGUUUGGUAUUUAUUUUCACUUUUGACUCGCUAGAUUUUUUUUGGUCGGCACGCUGGCGGACAGGAAAACAAACAAACCGUGUUUCAUGAACCCCACUGCCAAAUCAAACUUUAAUCUCACACACAAGAGCCAAGAACACUCGUCACCAUAUGGCUGAAAUCUAGCUUUUAAUAACAUUGAAUUACAUGCUAGCUAGGUAAAGGGGUAAUAUUUUGAUCAUGUUCGGUUUUUAGUAUAUUGUUCUAGUCGCCAAACUAAUAAGGGAAGAAAUAGACUGAGUUGUUAACGUGUUGCAUUCAAAAGCCCCAGCAUGUGUUAGUAAAACUAAGAACAGUAAGAAGAGUGACUGGAGAACUUGAGUUCAAGUUAUAGUGCAGCUGUUGUCCUGCUUUGCAACUUAUUUUUGAAUUUCAUAAGAACCUACUGUGCAUUAUCACAUUUUUAUACUUUGUGGACAGUAAAGAUCCCUCAUUGGGCAAAUAAAAACAGCACAUCAUCAUGUGGAAGAGUCUUACAUCUUAGCCAUAAAUAUUAAAUUUGUUUUCUGAUUUCAGAAUUUUAUUCAAUCCGUGUUUAAGCAUUGAAUUGUUUGUCAAGGGGUUUCUAAUUCAACAAGAUGAGUCUUUAUGCAACACGUGUUGUGUAUGUGGUAUUUUUUAAGUCAUUUAUUUGGUUCAGGGUUAUGUUUAGUCCUUUCCUGUUAACCCCUAUAAUUUAUGACUAUCCAUUAAGCCGACUAUCUAAAGUGAUUUACUCACUUUAGUUUUUAAUGUUCAAAGUGAUGAAGUUGUACUGAAGUCAAGAAGAGUUUCACUUAACUGUAAACCGGAUACACCUAGAAGUUUCAACUCUGUGGCUCAGAGGGGAGAAUUUGUAGUACUUGCUGUGAUGUGCUGUGCCGUGUCACCCUGUUUGACCUGUUAGGGACCUCAUUGUCAUGUCAGGAGUUGCUAUGUUGGCUCACUGUAGUGUGUGUGGGGCGUGUCAGGCAAUCAGACUUUUAUCACAUCAGGUCCAGCUCAUUAAAUGAGGGCUGAGUGAGUGAAGAUAGCUCUUGCUGUUUUUAAAUAACAAAGUGUCUUACUUGUUAACUUGUACAUCUCUAUUUCUUCUGUGUAAAGCUCCAAAAUUAAUCAAAUUUGAUGGAAAAGCUCCACAUGAGAUGGUAGAUAGCAGUGGACAACUUUGCCGCUGUUUUAGUCAUGAUUUGACAGUUUAAUUUAUCAACAGGGUUUUAUGACACAUUUUCCUUGAAACACAAAAUCAACAAUGAACUUGAGCAAGAAUUUUAUCUUUACAACCUACAAAACAGAUUCUGCUGCACCCUCUGUCUUCUAACAAUGAAGAAUGGUGGAAAAACCUCCUGAAGUGGUUACUUCCUUUCACACAGGGAAGUUUAAAAAGACCACAUAGCCUUAUAUUUCACAUGUGUCUUGCCUGCACAGUACUGAUAACAUACUGUAGUUUAGAGUUCCUGAAGUAGAGGUACUGUUCAUAUGGGGGAAAAUUUAGAAAAUGCAGUCGGCACUUUAUAUUCUAUUGUCUAAAGUACUAAUACUUAAGAUACUUAAACCCCUACUUUAAAUUUACUGUUCCCAUUUUUGUUGCUACAUUUGACUUUGUGCUCUUUCUUUAAAUUACAAGUCUGUUUCUCAGUAGUUUUUUUUUCUGAAUCCUGUUUGAAUAUUGAAUAAUAAAGUUAAGUAGUAUUUCAUCUUUGAAAAGUUGCAGCUAUAAGGCUGAGAAUGAAACGGAAAAGUGAAAACAAACGAACCAAAACAGACCCUCCUAAAAUGCCCUAGAAAUUGGUAAAAUUAUAUAGGUUUCAUUCAUUCUUUCAUUCAAACAAACCUCAGGCUUUGCAUACUGUACACUUGAAGCUGUUCUUCAUUUCCCAGUUUGUUGUUUAUCAGGCUAUGAUCAGUUAGCGGUGUGUCCUUGUGUUGCAUUUUCUACCAUCAUUAUUUCAAGUUGUCGGGAUUCCUACUUACAGUGAUAUGCUGCUAUCCAUAAUACGUUUGUGUCUGAAUCUGUGUGCUGACAGGACAAGAUGCCAGUGGAGAGAAUGAGGAUGCGGCCGUGGCUGGAGGAACAAAUCAACUCUUGCCAAAUACCAGGGCUGAAAUGGGUUAACGAAGUGAGUGUGUAGGGAUCCUAUCAUACACACAGAUGCAGUCAACACAGGAGGGAUGCUUUAUUAGCAACUCAAGAGUUAACAAAAUGUUUCUAUCUGUAGGAGAAGAGAAUAUUCCAGAUCCCGUGGAUGCACGCUGCUCGCCACGGCUGGGACUUGGAGAAAGAUGCGCCGCUCUUCAUGAGAUGGGCCAUACAUACAGGUAACACAGAGAAGCCAGUACACACUGGUUUUUUCAUUUAAGAGUAUUUGAUGUCCACGUCUGUAACAACCACACCAUUGAAAAUGUCUCCAGAGUAAAAGAAAUAGAAAAUUCUACAACACGAAAGAGCAAAGACAAAAAGCAGAACUUACGCUAACCUGAGGGUCAGCGGUGUGCGUCACAAUAAUGUGAAGAAAAAUCCCACACACUGUAUGUCUGCUUUCACCAGGUGCUCUUGAAGUGAAAUAAUCUGUAAAGGUGUUUGUAAUACAAGUUCCUGAUUAUUUGCUCAUAUUUGUUUCACAUGUUUUGAAAGAGAUUUUUACUCACUCGUGAUCCUCAGUUACUCUUGAAUUAAUUGCCAAGAAACUAUGUGAAUAUGUGUCCUUAGUCCUACAUUGUGUUUUACAAAUAUUUUACACUCCGGUUUGAUGAAAAAAGGUUUGUUAGUCAGAUCGUAUUGUAAUUGAGUAGGAUAUUAAAGUUGGUACAGAAACUUUUAAACACAGAAAUCAAAUGAUGCUGAUGGAGAAGGCUAUCUCCUUUGUCUGUCUACGUUUAGGGAAGUACCAGCCUGGCACAGACAGGCCAGAUCCAAAGACGUGGAAAGCUAAUUUCCGCUGUGCCAUGAACAGCCUGCCAGACAUCGAGGAGGUGAAGGACAAAAGCAUCAAAAAGGGAACCAAUGCCUUCAGAGUGUACAAGAUGCUCUCCUCUGCGGAGAGGAGCUUGAAGAAAGGUGAACUGCUUUGUAGAAUGAAGAAUGUUUCACCUGGAUUAUGUUUUUGUUUUAACUCUUUCAGUUGACCCUUAAGUCAAAGUCUGGACUGUUAACCCAUUUUUGAAACGACUCUGUUUUAUCCUUGUAGGGAAGAAGAAGGCAGACAAGGAAGGGAAAGUCAAGGUAGAUAAAGAGGUACAAACCCCUUAAACCUCUUAACAGAGAACACAUUCACAAUAAAGGGUCUGGGCUUGUGUGGACACAUAACAGAAAUUUCUUUAAGAUAAAAAAAAAAAAAAAAAAUUGAAAUGACACUUUUUGACAUAACAAACUUAAUUUUUCUCCUCAAUGUAAAUGACUACACAAUCUCAAAUAAUGAGUCUGUCUGAUAGUGAUAGUUUGGUAGCACACUAGGUAUCUCAUAUUUCACCAAACAGAGAAAUGCUGGUACCUCUGUUCAUGCCAAAGGAUUACUGGAAGUCUUACUCAGUACUGCACUGGCAAUUUCCCAAUUAGCUAACAUUAACAAUCUACUCUGGCUGCUGUUACCACAUGACAGAGACAUUUCCAGGUUGUAGGAGCAAUUACCAAGCCUUCCUCAGCUAUGUGGUCCUGUCUGCCCAAACAAGGCGCUUGCAAAACAAUAGCUACUUGUUAAAGUUGCAGAAUUGGCAGAAAAGAUAAGGAAAACAUAGACUCACAAUAGACCUGUCUACAGACUAUCCUCAAGUCUGUACAACCUUGGUCUAAACACAACUGACUAUUUCAAAACAAACUAUGGUUAGUUUACUUCAAAACUCCCCUAUGAAUACAAUGCACAUCCAAAAUUCCACAAUCAGAUUAACAAUGCCUGCUGAAACUAUAUAAUGAUAAAUAUGAUGUGUUUUUGUUUUAAUAUAAUGUUCAUAGUUAACAAAGAUUGAUGAUUGAAUGACUUGAAUAGCAUUUAGAAAAAUCUGUCUCCAUGGUUAAAAAAUCAAACUCAAUUUAUAAGCAGCAUUUGAUGAUUUUUGACAAGUUUCAAUGUCACUUGGUUUUUUAUUCAAAAGGGUAAAGAUUAAAGAAAAUAGUGAUAAAGAAUUAGAAAUGGAAGUCAGAAAUAUCAGAAAAGAAAUAAAAAGCAUAAAUUAAGUACAGUGUGAUCGUAUGAAGACUGUUUAAUUUAAAGAAAAAAUAGAUACACACCUGUCCUUUAGUGAAGAACACAAAACACCUGUACACACACCUAAUUUUAUCAGUGUGUCAUGUAUAAAAAUGUUUGUCUCUCUCUCUCUCAGGCAGCAUCUCCGUCUCCAGACAGGACCCCCUCUGAUGUUGGAGUAAUUGACUCCACCAGACAAGAAUCCGUCAAACAAGAAGUUGUGGAGCCAACAUUAACAGACAGUGCCUCAGGUAUUCCUGCAGUUUUUGUUACUAUUGAGAAUUCUAGAUUAUUUAAGUCCCACUUGGCUUUAGAUCUGUUUAAAACUGGCCUUAAUGCUAUAGGAGGGGUUAACAAACCAUGCAGCGUACUUCUGAAAAUUUCCUGACUGAAUCCUGGUGAGCUGCAUGUAUGAACCCAGAGUCAUAGUCUGGAAAAUUCACCUUGAGCAAGUAGGCGGGCAGAUGAUGUUCAAGUUGAGCAGGGUUCAUGCUUUGUAGUCUUUACUACUUGCCUUAGCUCUCACCUUUGUUUUCUGUUUUGUUUGCCUAGCAGAAUCAUCCUUAACAUGUUGUUUUGAUAUAAACCAAGAAAAUGUUUCCAUCAUGGAAACAUCUUCCUUCACGAUCUGCCCUGCCACCCCCCUUCUCCACCUAAACCACAGAGGAUAUUGAGUUGUAAGAGCACAUUCAGCAGAGAAAAACCUCCAGCUGUAAAAGUGCAUGAGUGAACAGCAGGUUCCUAAAAGUCCUGAAAUAGUUUAAAGGGUUGGAAGUUCAUGUUUCUGUUAGAUACACUGCAAGGUGUCUGUCAGUCAAACAACUGAAUUCAACUACAAGCAUUACUGGGUGACAGACUGAUGUCUGUUGCUCACCAGUUAAGAAUAAACACACUUAAAUCCAUGUAAAUGCUAUAGGAUAGGGCUGUAUGGGGAAUUUUUUUUUUUUGCAAUCUGUAGAUUUUAACAGCAGUUUCUAAAUUUGUGGUAUUUUAUUGAUGCAAAUGUAAAAGAUCACAAACUUUUUUUGUCAGAGGUAAAUAUUAUAAAGAUAUUAUUAUAUACACUACAGGCCAAAAGUUUGGAAGCAAGAUCAGAUUUGUACAAAAAAAGAUCAUAGUUUCAUAUAUAUAAUUUGCAACACAAUAAACAUGACUUGUGUAAAGAGUAACUUAUCAGAAGACAUUUUGACUAUAAUUAUUAGGUAUUUGAGUUAUUGUUGCUUAGACUUUGCUUUCUUUAAAGUAACCUCCUCGGCUUCAACAACAGCUUGACAUAUACUAGGCAUUCGUUCCACAAGUUUUUUAAGGUAUGUUCCAGCGAUUGCAUUCCAAGCUUUCUUAAGUUCAUGAAAAAGAGACUGCUGAUUCGUGGGACAUGUUUUUCUGACUGAUCGAUCCAAUUCAUCCUGCAGAAGCUCAAUUGGAGAAAGGUCUGGAGACUGAGGGGGCCAAACCAUCUUUUGAAGAACACCUUCCUCUUUUUUUUUGUCUAGUUAACCCUGACAGAGCUUGGCAGAGUGCUUAGGGUCAUUGUCUUGCUGCAAAAUAAACUUAUGACCCACAAGUCUUAGUCCAGAUGGAACAGGAUGGUGCUGGAGGAUGGAGUGGUACUGUUCCUUCUUCAGGAUACCCUUUACUUCAAACAAAUCUCCUACUCCAUCACCUGCAAAUGUUUGUUUCGCCAGAUCUUCUCUUUGAUGUCUUUAGGGAAUCAGAGACACCAAAGAGUUUGUAGAUACCUUGCUUGUCCUUACAUUCGGCUUCGUUCAGUGUUCAUGACAGUGUUUGUAUAUAUCUCAGCUAUCCAGGCAAAAAAUGAACUGGGACAUAGAAACUGUGGACACAUUAAAAUAACCCUGAAGCAAACAGAAUAAUUCUUGUAUACUCUCCAGUACUCAUUGGCAUGGUUUUGUAGGCUGCAAGCUGAGCUGUUGCUAACUUAACCUCACUAGCUGAGUAUUAAGUAGCUCAAGUAUUCAUUCAGUCAAAAUGUUAAUUUCAGCCCUGUCCAUCUGUCUCUUCACAGCCAUUCACAGUUCAGUAUACGACCAUGUGAUCACCAGUGAGCAGCUGCCAUUCGUCUGCCAGACGAUUGAAGUGACCACAGAGAACGAGGAGCAUACUGUUAGCUCCUCCCACUCAUAUCCGCUUCAGAUCUCUCCUGUGUCAUCAUGCUGUGGUGAGACAAAACACACACACACACACACACAGGUACAAGCAAACACAUUUGGUUAUGACAAAGAGCAAUAGUAGGUCAGUUUCGUGGUUCAGGAUUUGUAAAGUAGUUGUUUUAAAGUUAAAACCACAACUUUGACCACUGUUGCAUAGAACAACCAUCUGACGACAAAGUGGUUCCUUUAGAUAUAAAGGGAGAGCUUACAGGAUGUAACUCAUGGAGAUGGUGACAGCUUAAUCUAGCUUUUGAAUUUCCUGACUUUUAACAGUUUGUAUUCUUUGGGGUUCAUUAUCAAUCACCAGAAGUGUCUCCCUGUUCUGCACAAAUAUCUUCUGGUGUAUUUGUCCUUUGGUGGAGAACAUCAUAGACCAAAUCAGCUGAGUGUCUAAAACACCCUGCUGUGACAUGUUCAGGCUGUCGCUAGUUUUGUGGUUUCAAACAGAAUAACUUUUGUGAGAAUAUGAUGUGAUCUAAAAUUUUUGAGGGACAAAUUAAAGUUAGUGGCGGCAACAAAAUGCAGUGGUGUCAAAAAGAAACUCGAUACAAGCAGAAGGAUGUAAAUUAUGCAUGUGUUUACACCUCUACACUUGGGACAGCUUUGACAGAGACAUCAUGUGAUCAGAUGAAGUAUGUUUAGUAUGUCCAUGCUGGUUUAACGAGUUAUCACAGAAAGACUUAACGUGGUGUAUCUGCAGAUUUGGUCUUACGAUAUUUGGUGGUUCAGGUGAUUGCAACAUGAGGUUUAGCCCCACUUGUUGAUCAUAUCUCAGAAAUGCCUGGUGGGAGUAUCUUUUCAUGGCACAAGUGUCCACUUCGAGUGGCGGGUGAACUGAUAAAGAUUGUGGGUCAAAUGCAACAGCCACUGCGAUCACUCAAAACAGUUUUUUUUUUUGUUUGUUGAACUUUUUCAAAGGUUAAUAACUUAAACAUGUGUAGUUUUGCUUAAACGCCUUUCAGAAUAAAUUUAGGAAAUGAAGUUUGUUUUUAACUGUGAAGGUGGCUGAUAAACUUACUGGAACACUAUCAGGGCCCCCCCCAUACAGACAUUUUAGAGCUGGCACCCUUGUCUUCUGAAGCGAGUAUCUUAGGAGUGCAUGUGGGGAGGAUAUCUUUAAAUUUGGCACAUACCUCUACUUGAUGGUCAAAGGUCUGAGAGAGAGAGAGAGAGAGAUGUGGUCUUUAGAGAUAUUUAAUCUUGUAAAUAAUUCUGGUGUGAAAUGUUUCUCUAGACCGACUCAAAAUGAUCACUGUUACUGCUGCAACACUCAGACUAAUGAAACUUCUGGUGAAUUUAAACUGAAACUUGACUGGCUGGCAGAGGUGUGCGACUGCAUGGUUAUGAUUGUGGUUAUCUGAUGAGUCUUCCUUCUAUUUAACCAGUCAUUCAGGCACUACCAGUUUACAGGUCCAAUCAUUUCAUCUCUCUGUUUGUGUUUUUCUUUCACUCGUCAUCCAUCAGAAGUUACCAACAGUGAGAGUCAGGGUUGAAGUGAAAGCUUUGUUUCCAUUUACAAUAAGAAAAUUGGGUCAUUUUUAGGUUUUUGUUUCAUCUAACUGAAUUAAGACAGUAGUGGCUGUAAGCUUGGUUCUAUUUGUCUGCUUAAACUCAAGGUGUAAAUGAACUCUUCCUCUUUCUCCUGCUCUCCCAACUUUCCCUUUAUCUGUUUUCUUCCUCCAAAGCGUAACUGUCGUUUCUGAUGACAUUGCAAAAUUCUAUUUCCUUAAUGUUAACACAUGUUGUAUGCAUCUGUGUGUUUCCUUGUACAGGCAGCGACACAGACAGUGACACAGAAGACGCGAAAGAGGUGAGUCGCCCAAACAGAGCUGUUAACCACAGAAGAGAGAGUCAUGAAUUAAUGAUUAACUGCUCUGAUCCAGAGAUAAACAGGUUUUUACCUGCUUCAACUUUACUGCUGAAACUGUGUGUGUGUGUGUGUGUGUGUGUGUGUGUGUGUGUGUGUGUGUGUGUGUGUGUGUGUGUUCCUUCCUCCUGUAAUGUUGCGAGAGACUGAAAAAAAGGGAGGGCCUUUUCAGGAACUAAGGCUGUCAAACAUUAACAAUUUGAAUAUGAGGGUUGCCUUUGUAGUUGGUUUUACUUAUAUAAAAUACACACACACACACACACACACACACACACACACACAAAUAAAUAAAUCUACACCACAUAAUCACACCUCCUACCAGUUGUAAAGCAGACUAAAAACUGUUUUACUUCUAUAUUUUUUUUAAAUCAAUUUAAAUUUUUGUUGUUGAAAAAAACUCAGAAAUAGCAAUUUAGAGCAGUUUUGGUUACUUUUGAGAACAAUUAGUACCUUGACCUCACUUUUUCAAUAUACAACAGCUUUGAAGCCAACAGUCCAGGGAGUUGUUUAUUAAGCUUUUUUUUUUUUUGCAUGGGUGUUAUCUUGUAAGUGGAAAAAGUACCAUGGACUUUGGAUUUAUGUAGAGCCCUAUGAAAUCCAUUUUAUUUGUUCUGGAGUUCAUUUUGUUCCGUGUCUGUGUGUGUCUGUGUGUGUCUGUGUGUGUGUGUGUGUGUUUUAAUUAGUCAGAAUUCACUGUUGUACACCAUAACCAUUGUCAUUCGUUUGGUGGACAAAUGCAUUUUCAACAGUCCUACAGGAAAAUACCCUGAAUGAAUCAUAUUGGAUACAUGGUACAUUAUAUAGAUUUCAUUAGCAUGAACUGGCAUCAUCAACAGAUGUCACGUGAUGGCAUGAGAGACCAGUUAUUGGUAUUUUUUAAUAAAAAAAAAGCAUCACACUGACAUCGUCUCUCACAAGGCCGAUAUCACACAGAUCUUUAAAAAAAAACACAUUUAUUAGUUUUUUUUUAAGCACUUUGUUGAGAGUUAAUCUACAGCAUGUUACUGAUUUAGAUAACCAAGUAUAUUCAGUAUUUGUCUUUUUGUCUUUGUAAACAGUUUGAUAUUGAGGGAGAAAAAUCCCCAAACCCUUGUGGAGAUAUUUUACAAAGUCAAAUAUUUUUCUGACCUGUCUGCACUAUUUUCUCACAAAAACAAAACAAAACAAAAAAAAAACAGAGAUAUUUGCAUAAUAUUGCCCAACCUGCUUUCUCAAUAUCAGUAUCAGUAUCAGCCAUUGAAAAAACAUUAAUUGGUCGUCCUUUAAUCUGUAAAUAUCUCUGCUCUGAAUUAGAAGAUGCACAAAAAAGAUGUCAGAUGGAAACCGCGUCACUGUCUGACUGUGGCCUGUUUCUGUUCAUGCCGUGACCCUCUUUUUCUUGUGUGUUUUCUCUGUAACUCAGAGUGUCACUGCAGUCCGGAGGUGGGACUACAGCACAUCAGUUCUCAGGCUUCCAACGUACCCCCUCCCCGGCAUGGCCACCUUUGUCAGUGCUAGCAAGCCAAACUUCAAGGUCACCAGCACUCAGGACCCCGCCCCGCUUAUCAGCUACCACACAGACGGCUGGAUGCCCGCCUUCAGCCAGAACUCUCUUGUGUCUGUAAACAGCGGCCACGCGCAUGAGAUGCGUGCAAGUGUCAUAAUGAAAACUUCUGACAUCACAUCCUCCUGA